UCCUUCCAAAACCCUAAAUUCCCAAAUCCGCAAUCCUCCAACGACCCAAUUGCACCCGAUCCCAUGGAUAAUUCAGCACCCGAGAACGAUCAUUCCCCGCAGGAGCUCAGUCCCGGCGAGCUCCGGCCGACUCCGCCGUCGGAGCGGAGAUCCGUCCGCCGGAGACUGGUCCAGUCGACGCUUUUCCCUCUCAAACCCCAACCUCAAGAACGGGAAGCGAAUGGAGACGCCGCUAAGGGCGAGAGAGAUCGCAACGAAGACGAGAACAGUGAGGAGGAGUGCACUGGGAGUCAGAGCAAGAGAAAAAGAAAGCCGAAGGGAAAAUCGACACCUACGAAGAGAUCUUCCGAGAAGGUAAAAGGAAAACGAUCUGGAAGUAAUACUCCGAAGAAAGAUUUAACUAAUACACAGAGCGAGGAUGCACCUCUUGCAAUCCCUAAUUUGCGGUUUGAGGCAAAAAUGACAGCCCAGGAAAAUUCUCGGAUAUUUGCAGGAAAGCAAAUACAUCCCUUCUUCUCAUCGUGUAAAACAAGCAAGAAAAGUCAAGAGGUGAUUGACUUAGUGAGCAACCAGUUCGCAGCUGGUAGAGACAAAAAAGAGAUAACUUGUGGCCCAAUCCAUGUAUUUGAAAGGACCCAGGACAACGCAGAGGCACUUGAUUGGAGAACCUGGACGUUUCAUGAGGGAAUCUUCAUGAAUAGCAAUUCUGUAUUAGAAAACGCAUGCUCAUCCAUUUUUUAAGGAUCUGUUGAGUGCUUAAGUUUUAAUAUGCUUUCAAUUAAUUCAAAUCCCAGCAACACAUCAGUUCUUCAGGACACGGUUUCUUUUGAUCAGUGUCCUAUUCAAGAAGAAUGUUUUUAUGAAACAGCACCAACAGCCUUUGACUUAUCAAAUGACGAGAAAGUGAUUUGCUAUCAGCCCUUAAAGGAUGCAGAAUUAAUUCAAAUAAAUUACUCCCAGGACAGUGAGGUAACUAAAGUUGAUUCCUUCAGUGGGCAUACUGGUGUAGUAAUGAAGCCAGACAUUGGGCAACAAAGUAGAUUUCUCGAGGAAAGAAUGAAGUCGUACUAUUUUGAUUGUGGUAAUCAACCAAGGGAUAGCUUAUGGACCUAUAAGUACCAGCCAAAAAAUGCCCUGGAGGUAUGUGGCAACGAUGAAUCUGUGAAUUUUUUGAGUCAGUGGCUCCAGCAUUGGCGUGAAAGAAAUUUUCGUAUCAGCAAGGAAACUAUUAAUUGUGAUACAGGUGACAGGGGAGAUGGCGAUUAUAUUUGUUCUGAAAGUGACUCUGAUUUAGAAAAAGAACGGGAAGGGGGUGGCCUGAAAAAUGUACUCUUAGUUACUGGGCCGGUUGGGAGUGGAAAGUCUGCUGCUAUUUAUGCUUGUGCACGAGAGCAAGGAUUUGAGGUUUUGGAGGUCAGCGCAUCAGAAUGUCGAAAUGGAGCUCUUGUGAAGCAGAGGUUUGGUGAGGCUUUAGAAUCACGUCAACUUAAAAGGUCACUGGGAAACCCUGUGGGUUCACUGAGUAAGCUUAUUUUGAAACCCUCAAAUCUGGCCAAAGGCACUGCAACCCAAGAACUAGAUGAUGAGGUGGUUGACCUGAUCCCCUUAUCAGAUGAAGAUUGUCGGAAUGCAACAGGAGGAUCUGGUAUUUCUUAUCGUGAGGAGUCUGGAAGUUGCUGCAGUCAGAGUGAAGUUAAACCUUUAAUUCUAUUCGACGAUGUGGAUAUCACUUUCCUUGAAGAUCGGGGAUUUAUUGCAGCAGUACAGCAAAUUGCUGAAACAGCAAAGGGGCCCAUAGUAUUGACAAGCAACAGUCACAAUCCUUUCCUGCCAGAUAACUUAGACAGAGAGCAGAUAUAUUUCACCCCACCAUCACAAGAGGAGCUGCUUUGCCAUUUUUUUAUGGUUUGUGCUGCAGAGAGAGUCAACAUCCAACCUUAUUUAUUAGAACGAUUUGUUGGAUGUUGUCAGGGAGAUAUGCGGAAAAUGAUUAUGCAUCUUCAGUUCUGGUGUCAGGGUCGAGCCUCUAUGAAAGCUAGGAAACGGCAAAGGACAUGUGGUUCACUGCCAUUUGAUCUUGAGGUUGGCCAUCAGAUACUUCCAAAAUUGAUACCAUGGGAAUUACCUUCUCAGUUAUCUGAGCUAGUUGAUAAAGAGAUUAGCACAUCACUAUCAAGGGAAGAAAAUUCUUGCUUAAUGGAGGCAAUUGAGGAAGAAGAAUUGGACAAGAGGGAAAUAGAAUUUAGUUUUUCACAUAACAAUGAAACGGAAACUAUAGAAGCCAAGAAGGCAAGAAUGUUGAGCAGGAAUUGCUCUAUUCAUGAAUAUGACGAGUUUAGAACACAACUUGAUACUGUUCAUGAGUUUUCUGAUAAUUCAGACACUCCAUUUUUGUGUUCUCGGCGGAAUGCUCGGGGAAAGCAGGAUAUGAUACUGUCUUCAGAUUCUGAAGAUGAAAAAAUUGGUAAUGGAUGUAAUAUAUUCAUGAAUAGAGACGGUAACAAUGAACUAUUUUUUGAAGGGAGCCUUCCAUUUACGGAGGUACCUUUUUCUGCAUCAGAUGAUAUGGAUGAGAAACUGCAUAAUUGUUCAGAAGCUGCAGGCUGCAUCCCCAUAAAUGACGAAUGCAAGUCACUUGAUGUGUCAUGUGUGCCAGAAUCAACAUUUGUUCCAGAAACUGAAAUUUACAAUGGCGCAGAGGUACAUUUAAGGGAUACAAUGGAAGAAGUUUCAGUGAGCAACAGAUUACCAGUUGAAGCUGAUUAUCUAGAUAUAUCAAAGUCAGAAAUACAAAAAGAUUCAGAUACCUUUCAAAGUAAUCAGCAUGUAGCAGAAUUUUGCGAACUAGAAGAGGUGGAUGAUUCUCAAAAUGAGCAUGUGGAGGCUGUUGCAAUCGAGAAUCAGGUGAUGGAUGAGUCUAGCCGCAUGGAUUUUCACAGACUGUCUAAAUAUGUAGAGAAGCCAAAACCGUUAGUUGUGACUGAUUUAGUCCAAAAGUCGUGGAAUAAACUUCGUGUCUGCCGUGCAGACCUAGCACAGUAUGUGAGAUCAGAAGAGCAACAGCAUCUUCAAAUUGUCAAGCUCACUGAUGAAGUGAGCAAUCUAAUUUCAGAAACAGAUGUGUUGCUUUCUAACUGUCAACCACUAACAGGUGACUCUUUAGAACCAUCAAUGAUCCCUUCUGGGGAAUCAGAUACAUACAGCUUAUAUGAUAAAUGGUUAUUGGCUUCCACAACCGCACAACAUGGAUUUUGUUUCUAUGCCAAAAACAUUGCUGCUGUUGGAUCAACCAUCGGAUCUGAAACCACGGUAGAUUUAGCCUCUGAGCUGUUGGCUUCUGCAACUGAUAUGAUGGCAUUAGGUAAAUUAGCUGGACAUGGGAUGAUAUCAAGUCUGAAUACAUGUAGUGGAAGAAAUUCAGGAAGCCUGGAAAAAACCGAUAUUUCAUCUAGAAGUGAAAACAACUCGUCCCUUGUUGAUGUAAUUCAAUCCAUUGUUCCUUCAAAAUCUUGCAUGGCAUUGAAAGGUCCUGCAUAUUAUGAAUAUCUCUCUUCAUUGCGCUGCAUGUCGAGGUCAGAAGCUUCUCGUUUAUCAGAAGAGAAUGACAAACCAAGAAAACGCAGGAGACGGGCCAAUCGACACUACUUGAGUACUGGCUCGCUGAUGCUGUCCCCUGAAGACAUAUCAUUGCUGCGUCCAAUUAACAUGUACAGAGAGAAUUCUUCUCAACCUGCGGAUGCUCUUUAGAUUUCAAUUUUGAAGCAAGCAGAAAACUAACAAGAUUGAUGCAGUACAUUUGUCAUCUUCGGUGAUUGGCUCAAGAUAACAGCCGGAGAAUUCGUAGUCAUCCUAAGGCAGACAAAUGUUAUACGCUUCAAUUUAAAUGUAUUAUUCAUUAUUCUUCCUAAUUUUAGUUCAUGUGAAUGGCCAUCCAAAGUUGCCGACCAAUAGAAUAGUAGGAGGGCUACGAUUACCACCACCAAUUUGAAAGUUAGGAUAUGCCAUAAGUACCCAUUUCUCUCAUUGUACAGGUUAAUAGUGGAAAGUGAUUUUUUGUACCAAGUGUAAGUUAUAUUCAAAUAAAGAGUAGUAGAAAACUUCUUAGGAUCAGGUGUGCGAAAU